UUCGCUUGAAAUCUCCCGCUUACCAGCUUGCAUUACAGAAUCGAUUCCAUGCUCUGCAGUAUUGCUCGCUGAUUAGAGAAACUGUAGCGCAGGCCAUUUCGUAGAGGUUCUGAUAAUGCUUCAGCUUGCGGUGAACUCGUAGAUGUAGCUGAAAGGAAAAUUCAUGAAGCUCACAUUGCCAUGAAUUUAACUGCUUUGCAUUUGAAAACCUUCUAAAGUGGAACACCAUUUGCUUCCUGUGAGACCGGUAUCACACCUGACUACCUUUGAUUGCCCAAGGCUCGACUGCCUGACAGAAGCCUUUUCGAGAUUCUGCCUCAGGUUACUCUGAAAACAGUAGUUCAAUGUAUGAGGUGUGGAGUGGUCAAAGCACGAUGAGUGAGGUGCUAUCUAAUUGGGCCUUCUUAUCACCAGGUUGAAGGCUCUUCAUUGGCCGCUUGACAAUUAUUGUUGGGUUGUGCUUAUUUGAUCAUAUUAAGUUCCUCACCAGAAACUGAUUUUGGAGAAGCAGUUAGGUUAUCGUUAGGAUUCCUUCCUCUUUCAGAAUUGCUGCUGUAGCUUCGCUUCAAUCCUGGAUUAUCACUAUCUGGUAACACGAGUCCGUAGAGCUAAUCGCUCCAGGUGGUGGGUCUGCAGUUCAGAUCAAGGUGGGUGGUGUUUGGGGCGGUCAAACGGACGAACCAGGAGGAGGGAUGAAUCCAAGCUCUUGGAAGCCUUUGGAAGCUUCUCCACAACGAAUUCAGCCAGGUGUUGUGCAUCGGAGCUGGUCGAUACGAGCUCUACGACAUUAUGUUGUUACGAUUCUGGUGAUAGCCCUCUCAACAGCUUUAAUACCCUGGCUUCAAGUUCUGAAAUCGAAGACUGUUCGUCUUGAGGAAUCAUACGUUGUGCUUCCCCUGUUCGUCAGAGAUUAUAGGCUGGACAAAGGUAACUUAUCAAGUAGUGGAUAUGGAAUGCCUGUCAACACAAAUCGACGAUUGUUAGUGUGGCCCUUAGACUAUAUAGCUCCGCGGGAUGGGCCCUCAUUACCUCCAUGGGACCCCAGGAUAAAUACAUGGGAGGUCCAUAGACAUCUAUCUGAGGUCGAGGCACUUCUUUUUGUGAAAAUGACCGUGGCUAAUGUAACUUAUUUUUUGGAUCUCGAUUUUAGAGGCUAUUUCAGUUGGAUAAACUGCAAUUGGAAAGACAAAAGGAAGAGAAAUACCUUUUCAAAACUGAUCGAUGUACUUAAACCAAAACAACUGCAUGGUCCCAAUGGACUGUACGUUCCAACGGAUGAGAAUUGGUGCAAUUCCAAGUUGUGUGAGCAGCUGAACUCAUAUGAAAACAUGUCAGCUUCCUGUGAUCCAGAUUUUUGCAACUUUCUGGGCUCAUAUGGAAAGGAGGAUAUUGUAGGAAUCCUGUCAAGGGACAACGUAGUCCUCAGCAACUACAGUAUACCUAGCAAUGACCCACAUUACAGACUCGUGAAGAUGACAUUUGGGUGCGUGUAUAAACGCCACUCAAAAGCAACAUUGAAAAGAAUGAAAUAUAAAGAAAAGUUGAGUAGUGACGGUGUUUUGGGAUUGAAUCUGCGACCCCUUUCAUUUCCCAGCCAGUUAGACGAGAAGAACAUAGCUGAGCAUAGUAUAGCUCUAUGCUUGGCCAACACUAAUGGCGUUUUUGCUGGAUAUGUCAUUUUUGGUUUCCCACUAACGCUACUUGGUGAUAACAUGCGUUGGGCGCUUCUUGAACACAGUGAUGUUUCAAUUUGUUGCAGAGGGGAUUAUCAGGUGACGUUAUACAAUAUUAAGUACGGUGAUCAGAUGGUACUUCUUGGUGACGUAUCAAGGAGGCAUAGUAACUAUAUCAUUCUAGAUGGCAGCUCACGCUUCACAUAUUUGGCAGAUGAAAUUUUUGUCUUUUUCGUGAAGAUAGUGGAGAGUUGGGCAAGAAAAGCAGGUUAUGAAUCACAGAAAAUUGAAGAAGAAGAAGGGACUUGUUGGAGUUUUUGGAAGGCCACUGUGAAGGAGGAUGAGCUUAUUCAGGGCUUCAAGAAUGUCACGUUUCUGCUCGGUAGCACGAUUCCCCGCAGUGAGCUGGUCAUUAAGCCAGAGAAUUACAUCAUUAGCCCGGCAGAAGGUUUGGUAUGCCUUGCAUUUCGAAGUUCAAAUUCCAUCAACCAGCCCGGAAUGAACAUUCUAGGAGGAAUGGCUAUGAAAGAGCACAUCACACUGGUAGACAAGAUGACCAAGCGAGUUGGGUGGCUAGACGAUCAGACUUGUAGACAAAAUAGAUUGGAGAAAAUGAGGACGUGGACAACAGAUCGGCCUGAUCCUAACCACAAAUGCAAUCCAUUCAAUUUCGAGUGUAAUUAAGCAGAUAUGAGAUGCCGCUUCUCUAACGAAAAGAUUAGCUGGGCUUGGAGUCUUCUGGCAUUAUCAGACUCAAAGAAAAGUGCUGUUAUCCUCUUGUUAAGUUUGACUGCUCAGAAAAAGACCGUGGAUUUUUUAAGAAUCUCUUAAGAACAAGGAUGUAUACAAAAUCAAAUUUUUGGAGAAGAAUAGCUGCUUGCUAUGUUACUAGUUAGCCAUAGCUCUAGUAUGUGCAGAGAAUCAGUAGCUUCAUAGUUUAUUUAAGUCUGUAACUAGCUUUUCCUUUCCUCAAAUUUCAGUUUGAAGUGAUGCUGUUCUUACUUGAAGAUCAAAAGUCGCAUUUACUAUACUACUUGACCUAUAUUACUUUUAUUAUUUGCAAGCCUCCAUGAUAUUGGAAUUGAAGGUAGGUUGUAUCCUUCCAAUACAAUUCAUCGAAAUAAUUUGGAAAUUUUGUGCAA